AUGUACGGUGCGCCUCCGCAGCAGCCUGCGGCGGUGGUGGGUUCACUUGGCGCAGCCUGCGGCCAAGCGCGACUCUUCAUGGACAGGCAUAUGUUUUCCAUCUCUGAAGCUUUGUGGUGCAGUGUAUCCCAUACCUCCUCUCUCUUUUUUUGUCUUUGUUUUUGGUAUGUUUUGUGUGGUUCUGCGCUGCUUGGAACGCGUGCGUGUGUGAUGGCGCGGAUUGACGAUGCGGUCGGAACCCGAGGGUGGCGACGGGUGUGCUGGGCGGCACUGCGUGUGGGUGGGCAUCCUUCUUGCUUCGCUACGGCAACGGAACGGGAGGCAGCAGGCGCCUCUGCAGAACGUGCCGCCGACCCGUCGCCGUCCUUCUGGCGCUGCCGGUGCGGCUGUCACUGGGCUCGGCGGCGGAAUGCGGGCAUCGCGCGCGAGCGGAGGGCACACGUGAAUGCGGAUGCCCCCGCCGGUCACUCGACAACUUCCGCUCAAAAGCAGCUGCUACUUUUUCUAUAUUUUGUUGAAGCCUAA